CCGGGCCCUGCCGCCCGGGCCCGCCACCGAGACAGAGGCCCGGUCGUGAUGGCGUGAGCCUCGCCGGCCGAGCCCGACGUUAAGGGAGCGAGCCCUGCGCCCACUCCAGCCGCGAAAGGAAGAGUAGGAGGAAGAGGAGGAAGAAAAGGGCGAGCUCGCAGUCAUGGUGAAUUUUGCCCAAGCUGUGCGUGAUCACUGGGUUCACAUCCUUGUUCCCUUAGGAUUUGUUAUUGGCUGCUAUUUGGACAGAAGGAAUGAUGAAAAACUGUCAGCCUUCAGAAACAAGAGCUUAUUAUAUAGAAGAGACUUGAAGCCUGGUGAAGAAACUACAUGGAAAUAAAGGCUGCUGAUAAAAUGGAAAAUAUUUUCAUUUGAUUUAUCAUCUUGUCUCACGUUGAAAGAAUAGGAUUGUGGUUUUUAUCUUGAGAGAAUAUGUAAAGCUACAUAUGUCAUGGACACCUGCGAUUCAUCAGUGCGAGUUUAAUUUCCAAUCUUACUUUUUGGAAGAUGAUUUAAUUACAUGACUAAUAUGUGUCCAGAAAUCCCAUUAGUCCAUAAGAGUUGAGAAACUUUUGUCCCCAGAGGUGAUACUCGGGAGCGGGGAGGAAGAAUUAUGUAAUAAAGAAAAACUAUGCAAAAAUAA